AUGAUUGAAAAUUCAUUUCGAGAUUGCAUUUUGAAUUUGAGAGUAGCAGAUAGGGUUGAAGCUCUAGUGCUGAAUGUGCUCAAGGGUCAAUCAAAACUUGAAACACUAAGAAACUCAUAUCAGACUGGGUUGAGGUCCCAUGGAAAGAACAUACUUUCAGUUUUAUCGACAAAAAAUGAAGAAGAUAAAACGGAAAUCCUGCAUGCUCAUCUUCAAAAUCUCGAGGAACAAGUUGAGUCAUUACAAAAUCUGGAAGAUGUAGACAAGAUAGAAGUAGCGUGGAUAGCGCUAAAUGAGAGUUAUGAAGAUUUUAAGGAGGAUGAUGCAAAAGUUUCCGAACAAACAAAACAACUUCAAACCGUCCGCAAGAAAUGUAACACAUUUAUUAGAGAGGCACAGCUAAAGCUAGAAGAGUACUGCCAACGGAUAAUGAUACAGGCGGAAGAGCAUAGAGCGUGUAAAUCUUCAUUCGAUGACAAUCUGUCAGCUGAACUGCGAAUGAUCAAGCAAAACUUCACAGAAUUGUUGAAAGACAUGUUUCAACAACGAAGAGUUGAGAAACUGAAAGUUCUGGUGGAUGAAUUUGAUUUAGUCAAUAUGGACAAAUGCAAUAAACGAGUUGAGGCUUAUCAGAAUAGUAUCAAAAAACGAAAAUUUCUUAUGAGACGUGUUUACCAGGCUGAAAAGGAAUUGAGGUCUUGCCAAUUCAAGUUGAGAAAAGUUCCAUACGUCCACUACGAAUCUAUCACCGGAGCAUCUAGAACAAUUUCCAGUUCCACUGCAAAAUUAAUUACAAUGGGAAAUUUGUAUUCCCAACUCAGCGACACUAUGCGGACAGACUUAGAAAUAUCUCAACGUCAAAAGAUAGUGUUGGAUAAGAAGUUGGCUGAACUGUUGCAGAGUACCACAAAAAUUCAGAUUGAACUUUGUGACGUCAUAAAACAAGCCAUUAGACAGCAGAUUUACCGACAUGAUGAUUUGUGUUGUUUAACACCAGAGGAUUUUGAUGCAUGCGUUCGCUAA